GCGCAUUGUCAAGGUAUGCUGAAAUCGCCCAGGAAGAAGAAGAAAUGAUGUCAGCCGUGGAGCAGCGCUGCUCUUUCGCUCGAGACCUAAUUUACCCAAUCUAUGUUGCAUCGCGUUAUUGUUUUCUGUUUCGUGUAGGGUUAGAGUGCUACCUGUAAAUCGAACUGUCCCGUGCGCUGGUGUUUUCCCCCGUCGGUUGCGCGCGUCGCGAGUGCGUCGAAAAUGUCGAAACACGAUCGGGUGAAAUCGGGUGGCUUUCUGGAUACGUUGCUCGGCCGACCGCACAAGAAGCUCGGUCGGCAUGGAGGGAGUGGCGUGUACGGCAAUGGGCCGAGCAGCGCUGGCGGCAACGGUACGGGCGGGUACGGCAGCUACGGCAGCCUGAACGGGGGCCGUCCACUGUCCGGCCCAGACGCGGACCUGGCGUCGCUGAUGGAGCCGAACGAAACGCACCGCCUGAGCGAGGCGGAAGUCAACAAGCUGUUUCUCGAAAUUCUCGAGGACAUGAACAUUCCCAAGGACAAGCGCGACCCGCUGCUUGGCAAACCGCUGGAGGAGAAGCGCAAAAUGAUCGACAUGCACGUGAAAGGAAAAAUCUCGUCCGAGCAUCGUGCGAACUCACGAUUCGAAAAACCCUCCGACUACGUACAGUACCUGCACGAAGGCGACUACCUGAACCGAACGAACAAGCUGCUCGCCUGUCUGGAAAGUCUACGCGUCGCGCUAACCAGCAAUCCGAUCAGCUGGAUCAAGGACUUUGGCGAGGAUGGCAUCAACGAGAUUGUGUCCCUGCUGCGGUACUGCAAAACCGUGCCGCGCCGCAUGCACAAAAUCGAGUACGAGUGUCUCCGCUGCCUGAAGGCGAUCCUGAACAACUCCUGGGGCUUAAACGUGAUCCUAACGCCCGAUCAGCAUGCGGUAGUGCUACUGCUGGCGCAGUGCAUCGACACCACCCAGCCGCACACGAUGUGCGAAGCGAUCAAGCUCCUGUCCGCCCUGACGCUGCUGAAGGAUCGCAACGGGUACGAGAAGGUGCUGCGGGCCAUCACCAACGUCAGCUCGAUGCGGAAGCCGGGCGCGGAGCGGUUCCGCCCGAUCGUGGAGGGACUGCUGAUGGACAACGAUCGCAACUACGAGCUGACCUGCAGCACGAUGAUCUUCAUCAACUGCAUCAUCAACACGCCGACGGACAUCAACUUCCGGCUGCAUCUGCGCUGCGAGAUCAUGCGCGCCGGGCUGUACGAGCGGAUCGACCAGCUGUCCGAGAUGGUGGACAAGUGCGGCAACGAGAAUCUGGUGAACCACAUCAAGAUCUUCAACAGCUACCGGGAGGAGGAUUUCGAGGAGUUUAGCAAUCGCUUCGACAACGUCCGGCUCGAGCUGGACGACAUGAACGAUUGUUUCGAGCUGCUGAAGAACCUGGUCGCCGACACGGCGAGCGAACCGUACUUCCUGUCGAUCCUGCAGCAUCUGCUGUUCAUCCGGGAUGAUCACCAGUACCGGCCGGCCUACUUCAAGCUGAUCGAGGAGUGCGUUUCGCAGAUCGUGCUGCACAAGAGCGGGUACGAUCCGAACUUUGACAGUCGCGACUUCCACAUCGACACGAGCACGCUGCUGGACGACAUGGCGGAAAAGACGAAGCAGAUUGAGAGCAAAAAGUCGGAAGACUUCGAGAAGCGCAUGACCGAGCUGCAGACGGCCAAGCAGGAGGCGGAGGCGCGCGUGGCCGCGCUGGAAGACCGCCUCAAGGAGAUCGAGGCGACCGGUGUAGUCGUGUCGCCGAAGGGGAAGAGCAAGCUACCUCAAAUCACCAUUCCACCGCCACCGCCCGGUUUGCUGCCCGGCGGUGGCCCUCCUCCACCUCCUCCCUGUCCCGGUGCCGUACCCGUCAUGAUGGGUGGUGGUGGUGGUGCGCCACCUCCACCUCCACCCCCGUUCCCGGGAGCGGCGGCGGGUGGUCCACCACCACCGCCCCCGAUGCCCGGCAUGGGCGGUCCGCCACCUCCCCCGCCACCGAUGAUGAUGAUGGGUAUGCGGCCGCCGGGAAUGCCACCACCGUUCCCGAACGCCGCCCCCAAGCCGCUCCCGUACGGGCUGAAGCCCAAGAAGAAGUGGGACACGGAUGGGCCGAUGAAGCGCGCCAACUGGAACGGGCUGGACGCGAAAAACCUGUCCGAAAACUCGUUCUGGGUGCAGGUGCAGGAGGAGCAGCUGGCCGACAAUGACAUGUUCGCCCGGCUCGCCCUCAAGUUCUCCUCCAAGCCGGCGAAACCGAUCGACAAGGACGCGGCCGACCGGCCCCAGUCGUCGAAGAAGAACGUCGAUCUGCGCGUGCUGGACGCGAAGGCGGCCCAAAACCUGUCCAUCCUGCUCGGCGGCUCGCUCAAGCAUCUGUCCCACGAGCAGAUCCGCACCUGCCUGCUGCGCUGCGACACGUCCGUGCUGAGCCCGAGCGUGCUGCAGCAGCUCAUCCAGUACCUGCCGCCGCCCGACCAGCUCAAGCGGCUGCAGGAGAUCCGGGCGCGCGGCGAAGAUUUGGCCGGGGCGGAGCGGUUUGCGGCCACGAUCGGGGACAUCAAGCGGCUCGGCGCGCGGCUGCAGAGCCUCAGCUUCAAGAUCGACCUGCCCGACAUGGUGCAGGACGUGAAGCCGGACAUCGUGGCGGGGACGGCGGCCUGCGAGGAGGUGAAGACGAGCAAAAAGUUUGCCAAGGUGCUGGAGCUGAUCCUGCUGCUCGGCAACUACAUGAACUCGGGCUCGAAGAAGGACCCGGCGUACGGGUUCGAGAUGAGCUUCCUGCCGAAGCUGUCCAGCACGAAGGACCACGAGAACAAGCAGACGCUGCUGCACUAUCUGGCCGAGGUGAUCGAGAGCAAGUUCCCGGAGGCGCUCACCUUCUACGAGGAUCUGUCCCACGUGGACAAAGCGUCCCGCGUCAGCCUCGACACGAUCCAGAAGACGAUGCGCCAGAUGAACAACGCGCUGAAGAACCUCGAGUCCGAUCUGAACAACAACAAGGUGCCGCAAAGCGAGGACGACCGCUUCCUGGAGGUGAUGGGCCAGUUCGCGGUGGAGUGCCGCGCGCAGGUGGAGGUGCUGGGCCGCAUGCUGGCCCAGAUGGAGUCACUGUUCGGCAGCCUGUCCGAGUACUACUGCUUCGAUCCGGCCAAGUACACGAUGGAGGAGUUCUUUACCGACAUCAAAACGUUCAAGGACGCGUUCGUGCAGGCGCACGCCGACAACUGCCGGUUGCGCGAGGAGGAGGAAAAGAAGCGCCGAGCGCAGGAGGCAAAGGAACGGUCCCAGCGCGAACUGCUCGAACGGCAGCAGCAGCGCAAGGUCGAUCUGAUCAACAUCGAUGCGGCGCAAACGCAGGAAGGCGUGAUGGACAGCCUGCUCGAGGCGCUCCAGACCGGGUCGGCGUUCGGCAAUCGGGAGCAGCGGCGAAGGCGCGGCCCACGGCCAGCCGGUGCCGAGCGGCGGGCCCAGCUGAACCGCAGCCGGUCGCGAACGGGCAUCACCGCGAGUGCGUUCUCCAGUCGGGAGAUGCUGUCGGAACUGCUCGGACCGGCUUAGGUGCCCCCCGGUGUGUUGCCAGGGAGUGUGCCACUGAGUGCCACUGAGUGCCACGGAGUGUGUAUAGUUUUGAGAUUCAUUUUGCAAAAUGGGAUUCCCCCACCUUUAGCGGACCCAGUUGCGCAAGGGCAAUUUUACAAGGACUGUGUGUGUGGGGGGGUUGUUUUUUUAAUCCAAUUGGAACGGAACAUUAUCCAGAAAAUUCAGUAUUCUUCUUCUUUUUUUUACAUGAACAAUAAUUACACUAGGAUGCAAUAAUAAUAAUACACUCUGAGGAUGGGACAAAAAUUGUAGCUAUAUUUGGGUGCACAUAGGGAUAGGAAGGGAACUACAAUGCCAUCCGUGCCACAGUGUCCCUCUUUACAUGGAAAGGAAAAAAAGAAACCACCGUUCCAUGAUCUAUUUCUUCGAUGGACGAUGGUCAUCAUUGUAAGGAAAUGGAGAGAGAGAGGAGAGAGAGAGCGAGAGAGAGAGAGAGAGAGAAAGAGCGAGAGAGAGAGAGAGUGAGAGAGAAGGAGAGAACAAAAUGCCAACGCCAAAAUCCGCAAAAAAAAACUGGCGAUCGUCUUACCUUAACCACACAACGCAAAAGACUUAUAAAACACACACACAGACAAAAGCGCCUUAUAAUUAAAGGUUGGAGUUAAAUCCCCAAGAAUGUGAAACAAAAAACCGUGAUAAAUGAACGAAUUGAAAGCACAAAACCCACGGCGCCACACACUACUCCUAAAGUGCCGACGCACGCAUGCACCGACGUCCUUUAGUUUAGGAAUUGCGCGUGAUCUUUACGGGAGACCACCACAAAACAACAAGUAGUAAGAUAGGAUAUAGACCGAUGGGGCUGGAGUUAAAAAAAUCGAGUUGUAAAAUAAUACGUACGCGUCAAGGAUAAUAAUGGGAUAUAAUGGGUCCCCGUCGCAAUGGGAGGUUUCUAUCCGCGCCAUACAACACCAAGCACAACACAUGAUGCAAACGAAAAGGAAGCAUCCCCCACCCUGUUUUUGACCCCUUUUAUUGAGCUGAAUAUGGGGCAGCAGAAGCACAAACAACAACAACAAAAGACACCAAUGGCCUGGAAUGGAAUGUGAGUGAGAGGGAAUGAGAUUUAUAAAAUCGAGAUGUGCCUCUUCUAUGUUUUGCUUAUUUGUUUAAUUUUUCCCCCGGAUAUACCAAACGGCUGCCGUGUGUCCGUGGUAGGUGCAAAGCAUACAUUAACAAACAUUUCGUUCUUUUUGUCACAUAUUGCGAUCCCAAAAAGUGUGCUGGACAAAAAGGGAAGAUAGAUAGAGACAAACAAACAAUCCAAUUGGAAUCCACCACAACAACGAAUGAAAUUACAAGAAAUUGCCUGGUUUCUACAUUAAUCCUAAACAAACAACCAUUGUUACAAAAUAGAAAAGGUAUUAUACAAUAUAUAUACAAACCACAACAUAUCAUUCGACUGCAAACCGUGCGCAAAAUUACGUUUAUUAUAUACAGUACGCGCAACACAUAAAAAAGCCUUUUGUUUUUUGUUUUUUGUUGCUGCGAUGGUGUUUACAGUUUUUUUUUUUAUUCAUAUUAGGCUAUAAGUAGAUUUGUUGCUAUACAAUUUACAAAACUAUUUUCUCUUCUGUGUUUAUUAUAGUUCGACAAAAUAUCAACCUGUACAGAUGUCCUUUUGUUAAGAAAAAAAAACCGUAAUAAAACAGAAAAAAACCUCACAUUUCUUAA